AUGGCUGUUGCAUACAACCAUAUUGGUGUUGUUCAUCGGUUAAUGGGCGCUUAUGAAAAGGCACUUUCAUUCCAUCGAAAAGCAUUAAAUAUUCAAGAAAAUGUACAAUGCAAUCCUCUGCAGUGUGCAACGACAUAUAUAUACUUCGGUGAAAUUUAUCGAGAAAUGGAAGACUAUUUAUUUUCAUUGCCAAAUUUUAUAAAAGCAUUAGGAAUUCGUGAAAAUAAACUACCAAAAAAUCAUCCUGAUUUAGCCGUAGUCUAUCAUAAUAUGGCGAAAUUAUAUUUGGCUACUCGACAAUAUAGUAUACCAAUGAAAAAUGUUCAACAAGCGCUAGAAAUCGCUCAAGAAAAAUUGCUAACAAACCAUCCUCAUUAUUUGGACUACAGAGAAACAUUUUAA